AUGGGAGCAAAUCUCAAAAAGCCUGAAUAUCCCAGGAAAACCACCAUUCCACAUCAGAGUAAUUUUGGUUUUUCCAAGCUUCUACUUGCUUUUUUGCUGAUACUUUUCCUGCUGAAGGAAAUCUUAUUGUCUGUCUCUUUUAUCACUUUCUUUCAAAAAAAUUCUCAGCUGCUUGAAGACAAAAAUUAUAAAAGACUUAUAAAAGAAAUGAUUGACACAAAUCUGGAGAGUGUAAGAAUCAAUUCAACCAUGGAAGUUAAAACUUCAUUCUGGAGCUGUUGCCCAGAGAAUUGGAAGUCAUUUAGUUCCAGUUGCUACUUUCUUUCUACUGAUAGAAAAUCUUGGAAAGAGAGUCAGGAUAACUGCUCUAGAAUGGAGGCUCACCUGGUGGUGAUCAACAGCAAGGAAGAGCAGGAUUUCCUCACUCAGAAUAUGGAUAAAACUUCUGCUUAUUUUGUGGGACUAUCAGAUUCAGGGGGUCAAGGACACUGGCAAUGGGUUGAUCAGACCCCUACAACCAAAGUGCCACAUGACAAGGUACUCUUAAAUAUUGUUGGGUCAGCAGGCUUCCCUUCCCCUCCUCUUUCAUGGCGGAUGUGGGAGAAGACUUUCCACCUGGCUGAAGAGACUCAAAAUGGCCAAUCAGAAGCUGACAUGGCAAUGGAUCCCAACCAACACGGGUUUCUGCAGCUGAAGCAAUCGCCCUGUGAACUCACAUCAGCACUGACCAACCCGCAACAGACACGAUCCCCCUAA